GGCAAGCAAUAAGCAGGACUGCAGGGGAGGAGGGGGAGGGGGAGGGGGAGGGGAAGGGGGGGGGGGACGAGGAAAGAGAGAAACAGAGGGAGGGAGGGUGGAGGGAGAGUUGGAGAGAGAGAGAGAGAGAGAAAGUAGGGAAAGACGAAGAAAGAGCGGCAGUCUCUUUCGAAGAGUGGCGGAGACGAUGGAAAGUACCAUCGGUAUCGAAAAGGAGAGAAACACAGAGGAUGUUUCCCUAAGGCGUGAGGGAGAUCCGACACGUGAUCAGCAGACGGAUCAAAGGCCUGAUUACUUGCCGGCGUUGCCGCCAGAGAGAGGAGAGAUGUUCUUCAAGAAUGAUGCGGCCAAGAGUGAGAGUGCAGGCGUCGAGAGAGAAACAGAGGGCGUCUUCUUAGAGAGUGAUGCGGAGAGAGACGUGGCAAACGCAGAGGAAAAAGGGGGUGCCUUCUUGUCAGAGAGGAGUGACACGGAGACAUCCCCACAGCACAGUGAUGAUUCCUCUCAUAGACCUAGCACCUCUCAUGAUCACCAUCCACCUUACACAUGUCAUGAUCAGUGUGAUCUUAAGGACAAACGUGCUGAUGACGUGGGAGUUGGGCAUGAUUCGAGAGAUCUCUGCUUAUUACAGAGUGACACGGAGACACCUCCACAGCACAGAGAUGAUUCCACUCAUAGACCUUGCACCGAUCAUCAUCAGCAUCAUCAGUGGCACGUGGAGGACAAGCAUGCCAAUGAAGUGGGAGUUGGGCAUGAUUUGAGAGAUCUCGACUUGUCAGAGCGUGACACGGAGACGCCUCCACCACACAGAGGUGAUGCUUCUCCCAGACCUUGCACCGAUCAUCAUCAGCAUCCACCUCACACACGUCAUCAAGAGUGUAAUCUUGAGGACAAACGUGCUGAUGACGUGGCAGUUGGGCAUGAUUGGAGAGAGCUUGAACACGAUGCUCUAGUGCACAUCUUCAGCUUUCUUAGCUUUGUUCAGCAGAAGAUUCAUGUAGGCGCAGUCUGCAAGAGCUGGCAUCGAGCGUCACUUGAUCCGUGCUGCUGGAAGGAAGCGGACGCCUUUGUCCCGAGUUUCUGGCGGUCGGACUCCACUAAGAGAGCUGCUACGGCUGCUGUAAUGCGAUCCCAGGGGCAACUGAUCCGCCUGGCCACGUGGGACUGCGAUCCAGAUAUUCUGGACCUCAUAGGGAGGAACUGCCCCCUCCUUCAGCAGUUGGAAUUAAUGUCAUUUGGGCUUGAUCGGCCAUGGAUCGAGGCCGUUGAUGCGAUUGGUAAUGGAUGUCAGGGAUUACGUGAGCUGAUAAUGACGAUGACAUUCGCUCCGCCUGAAGACAAGUCGCCCGAUUUCACAAGAAAACUGCUUCCUUCUCUUCCCAAACUGACGGCUUUACACCUUGGGGAUACAUUGAUAGAUGAUGGUGUAAUUAGCGUGAUGGGAGACAACCUUCCUAAUUUGGAAAUUUUAACACUGGCAGUUGAAACUGAGAUCACGGAUGCAAGCUUGGGUUUCAUUGGGCAAAAAUUCAGGGGGUUAAAAACCCUCGUGCUCAAGUACUGCGGCAAGGUGACUGGUGCGGGUUUAAACUCCCUGUGGUUGGCGAGGCCAAAACUGCAAGUUGUCGUCGAAUGAAUCGAGUCGGAUGUCAGAAGCGCGUUAGCAAGCAGGGUGCUUCAUCUGGAUUUCACUCGGAUUUUUUUAUUUUAUUUUUAAUUACUAGCAUUUUUUAUGAAUCGAGUCGGAUGUCAGAAGCGUCGGCAAGCAGGGUGCUUCAUCUGGAUUUCACUCGGAUUUUUAUUUUCGUUUUAAUUUUUUUUAUGAGUCGAGUCGGAUGUCAGAAGCGUCAGCAAGCAGGGUGCUUUAUCUGGAUUUCACUCGGAUUUUUUAUUAUUAUCAUUAUUAUUAUUAUUUUUUUUAUGAAUCGAGUCGGAUGUCAGAAGCGUCAGCAAGCAGGUUGCUUCAUCUGGAUUUCACUCUGGAUUUUUAUUAUUAUUUUUUUUUAAUUUAAUGAAUCGAGUCGGAUGUC